AUGGAGUACGAACAAAACCACACUGUAAAUUUGGAGAAUCCCUCAAAUCACAAUGGACAAGAUGUACAAAAUCAUUCUAAUGAUGAAAUAGAACAAGAUACAUCAUCCACACAACAGCUUGAAACGGAAAGAAUUACUUUACAGGAUGGCAAGUUUAUAAGAAAUUGUCAAGUACCCCCUGGUCUUUUAGGGAAUUGCAAAUACAUAGAUCGAGAAGAAUUCAAACAUAUGAGAUAUACUGCAUGCACAAGUAAUCCAGACGAUUUUUUGAAAAAUGGAUUUACACUUCGUCAAGCUGAAUAUGGUAGACAAACUGAAUUGUUCAUCGUAGUUACUAUGUAUGAUGAAAAUGUAAACGAAUUGGCCCGAACUUUUCAUGGUAUCGCGAAAAAUAUUGCAUCUCUUUGCGCUAGAAGAAGCAGAACUUGGAAUGAAGAUUCUUGGAAAAAAAUUGUAGUGUGCAUAGUAUCUGAUGGCCGUAAAAAAUUCAAACAAAGUUGCUUAGCUUAUUUAACAAUUCUUGGUGUUUAUCAAGAAGGAAUUGCAAUCAAGAGUAUAGAUGAUGUCAAAGUUAAAGCUCACAUAUUUGAAUAUACUACUCAAAUUUCAAUUAAUAAUGAUUGGAAAACGAUGACGGCUGUUGAUGGAAUUGUUCCAAUCCAAGUGUUAUUUUGUCAUAAAGAAAAGAAUGCCAAAAAAAUUAAUUCUCAUCGAUGGUUUUUUAAUGCCUUUGGUCCAGUUCUUGAUCCUAAAAUAUGCGUUCUUAUUGAUGUUGGCACUAGACCAAGAGAAAAUUCCAUCUAUAAUCUGUGGAAAACAUUUAGUACUCACCCCAAUGUUGCGGGUAUUUGUGGUGAAAUAGUUGCCAUGACAAGUUGGUUCAAGUUAUUAAAUCCGAUUGUCGGUGCUCAAUACUUUGAAUAUAAAAUGUCAAAUAUUCUAGACAAGCCGCUUGAAUCUGUUUUUGGAUAUAUUACUGUUUUACCUGGUGCUUUUUCUGCUUACCGUUAUAUCGCUCUUCAGAACAAUACAAUUAAUGAAAAGCCUGAAGGUCCUCUUGCCUCUUAUUUCAUGGGUGAAAAAGAUGAUAGUGACAAUGUUAAAGAAAUUAUCCAUGAUAACAAAUCUACUAAUAACAUAUUCACUGCCAAUAUGUAUCUUGCUGAAGAUCGUAUUCUUGCUUUUGAAUUGGUUACAAAACGUGAUUCGCAAUGGCUAUUACACUAUGUUAAAUCUUCUCAAGCUGAAACAGAUAUACCAAAAAGUAUAGAUAAAUUAAUUUCCCAACGUAGACGUUGGUUAAAUGGUUCUCUUUUUGCAAGUCUUUACGCGGUUUCUCAUUUUUAUCAUAUUUGGAGAAGUGAUCACUCUUUUUUACGCAAAAUCCUUUUACAUAUUGAAAUGUUAUACCAAGCAUAUAACCUUUUCUUUUCAUGGUUUGGUUUGGAUCCAAAUUCUUGGAUUAGACCUUUUAGUGAAAAGACAUUCAUUAUUCUUGGUUGGAUUUACAUUGCGCUGAUCUGUGCACAGUUCAUUUUUGCCAUGGGCAAUAAACCUAAAAGUUCCAAAUAUGCCUAUAUAAUUUCAUUGAUAUUUUUUGGUGUAGUUAUGGCUUAUACAUUAAUUGGUGGACUUUACCUUACCAUCGAAGAAGCAGAUGAUGAUGAUGAAUUGAAACCAGUCACCACUCAUGGGAAUGACUCCUUGCAAUUCACUACCAUAGAUACCGCUGACGGAUACGAAAAAGCCAAAGAUGCCUUACUAGCUUUUCAUAGUGAAAAUAAAGCUAGAAAUAUGAAUGUACUAACCGAAGAAGAAUAUAGAAAAAGAUUUCGAAUUUACUUUGUACUUUUAUGGGUUUUAUUAAAUGCAUUAUUAGUAACUAUUGUCAUAAGUAUUAGUCCAACUUUACUUGAAACAACAAUAGUUAAUAGUAUUAAAACAACAAUAGUUAAUGCUUAUGUAAAAUUUAUUCUUUGGUCUGUUGCUGCAUUAGCCGCGUUUAGAUUUUUUGGUAGUUUAGCUUACUUUAUUCUUGAAAUACCAAAAACAUUAAAAUCAUUAAUUCCGAGGAGGAAUGCUCCUAUGGCUCCUGCAAAUAACGUAUAA